AGGCAGGAAAUUAAUAAGACAAGCGGAUAGCCUGAAGACAACGGCAUGCCGUCUCUCUCUCUCUUCACUGUUUUCUCUCUCCAUCUCUUCCAAGAAACGGUACUUGCUGUCGUGUUCCCAUGAUGGAGAUUGGGAUCGAGAAUCGGUUGGAUCGGUUUCUCUAUUGAUUUGGAGGAGUUGGUACUGGUUUCCUGGAGGAGAUCGAGGGGAGUGCUUUCGAUCGAGUUCGGUGUUGGUGGAUUUGGCCGACUCUGGGAGUAUGAGGUGUUUUUGGUAAGUGCUUUACUUUCUUUGGCUUGCCAUGGCAGGGGAAGUUGAAGACUGCAUUACCUAUCAGGAUGAUAGUUUGCCCACUGGUUCCAUAUCAUUUGGACGGUUUGAAACCGAAACAUUGUCCUGGGAAAGAAGGUCAUCAUUCUCUCACAAUAGAUAUCUCGAAGAGGUAGAGAAAUACUCUACACCUGGUUCAGUUACUCAAAAAAAAGCUUAUUUUGAGGCCCAUUUCAAGAAGAAGCCAUUUCCAGUUCAGUCUUCAUCAGGGAGUCAAAAUGAGACUGAAUUCCAAAAUAAUGAAAAUGGUAUUGAAGACCAUGUGAACUACAUGGAAGAUUUUUUAGAUUAUGGGGAUGAUGGGCAAGCUGCUUGGUAUGAUGAGGCACCAGCUGUCCCGGAUGAAUAUGAAGUAAUGGAAUGUGAACGAGAAGAAAUUUCACAAUCUGAAUUUCCAGUGGAGGCUACCACCUUGGAUGACAAGAGAGUUCUAGAGCCUACUGCUAAACUAGUUGAUUAUGAUGGAACACUUCAAACACAGUCUGGAAAUGAAAACAUUCCAUCACAUAAGGAUAACUUGCAGAUUCCCGUAGAACAGAAGCCUGAAAAUGAGGCCACAACUGUAGAAGAAUUUCCUGAGAAAAGGGACAUAGUUGAGGAGAGAGACAUGUCAUCUAUGAACCCUACAGUUGACAAAAAGGACACUCCUAGUCAGAAGAAAACACAAAGAACUUCUCUCAAGAUGAAGGGACCAGUUGAAGAGAAAACCGCAAAAGCAAAACUGAAGACCCAGUCUCCUAUUACACAGAUUUCGAGAAAGCCUUCAGCUGAAAAGAAUCCUCUUCCUUCUGCUAAGGUGUUCUCAAAGAUUUCGGGAAAGGUGGAAGGAGAACAUACACUGAGAAUGCAGUCAGAGAAGCAAUCACCUUCAAGGGUCCUAAGAACUUCAAAUCAGAAAUCAGAGUUGCAGGAUUCUGAAAGCCUUAAAACGAAAGUUAGACAAGUUAAUAAAAGUGAAAAACCACUUAGCGGAAAGAAGAUUGUUGCUAUUCUUCAUCCCAUUUCUGGAAAAAGCGAAAUUGAUGUAUGGAAUUCUGCGAACAGGUCUGCACAAGUCAUUAAUUCUGUUAAGGAAGAAGCAAAACAAAGUAGAACCUUCAAUUUCAGAAGUGAUGAACGGGCUGAAAAAAGAAAAGAGUUUUACAUGAAGUUGGAGGAAAAACAUCAUGCCAGAGUGGCUGAGAUGAAUGAGAUCCAAGCAAGAACACAAGAAGAAACAGAAGCUGCGAUAAGGCAGCUCCGGAAGAGCCUGAACUUUAAAGCAAAACCUAUGCCUUCGUUCUAUAAUGAUGUUUCAAGAGCAUCCGAUGGAAAAAAGACCAUUGCAGCACCAGCAAAAUCUUCGAAGUCGCGAAGUAAGCAUGCAAAUCCUGGGAGUAAAACAUCAUCUCAAGAUAGAUCUUCAGCGUUUGUUAAGGUAGCAAAUCAAAGGGGCCCCUCCACAGUUGACUGUCCUACAGCCGUUGAAGGUGAUACUGGCCCUUUGGUUCCACCAAAGCAACCAAACACUGCAGAUGAAACUCAGGCACUACAAUCUACUAAGAGGAGUGAGGCAAGGAAGGAGGAGAAGACCAAGCCUAAUCUACAGCAAGGAGGUGGCAGCGACAAGAAAGGGGAGAGGGUUAGUAGGGUGACGAGGAGUGGGGUGGGGAAGGUGAUGAAGGGUAUUGUUGGUGGAAGCGUUGCAGUCCAUGUUGCCUCUUGAGAUGUGUUCUCAUCAAUCAUUUUUUCAAUUCAUUCCGUGUAGUAAAUAAAGAGGAGGGCUUGAGGAAAGCUUUCUGCCAUGUUCUCUCUUGUGAGACUUGAAUUACUCAUCUCAUUGUUAAUAAUUAUCACUUCCCUGCUAACUGAUAUGUUGGAGCAAUUUAGUCUCCUUUCCUGGACUUCUGGAAAA